UCCUGCUAGCUAGGUAAACCAUACUGCCAGCUUGUUCCUGUUGGGAAGAAUGCCUCCUCUCCAUCUCCUGCUAGCUAGUUUGUUCUUUUUACCUGGUCAGUCACUUGCUAGAUGUCUUCAAUUAGAAUACUUGUAUACACUUGAUCCUGGCUCCUCUGGUCCAAUUCAACUUUAUGGAACUGUUUUUGGAUUUGUUUCAUCUCUUAUUCUUUUUAGAGGCACUGGAUCACAUACCUCAGAAAGAAAGAACAAUUAUAUCCCCUCUUCUGUUUCCUUAUGUGGAUCAUUUCUGCUCGCAUUCUCUUCACUGAUCAUCAACAGUCUUGGACUCCCCGGACAGCAAGUCGAAUUUGUAAUUUUGAACACUUGCCUCAUCCAAAGUACUACAAUCACCUCUGCUGCAGGAAUGCUGAUUGGAAGCUCAAGCUUGAAUAGGAAACCUUUGGAUUUUCAACUGCUACAAGGAAGUUUGAUUGCGGGUGGAGUGUCUGCAGGCGCAGUUGCCGCAACUAAAAUCCAACCAUGGGGAGCCGCCUGUCUAGGAAUUGGAACAGGUGUUCUUGUUGUCCUUGCAGGAACCCAUGUGGAACCCCUGAUCUCGAAGAAGCUUGGUGUUCCAAUCUCUUAUUAUACAUUCUCAGUUCAUGGCCUUCCUGCUCUCCUGGGAGGAUUAGUUGCUAUAUUGAUGGCAAGUCUUGCAGAGGAAAAACAAGGAGCAAUACCGUAUGGAUUUGACCUGUAUGAGCUGUAUCCAGGUAGAAGCUAUCCUCUUGGUCAAUCAUCUCCAGGAUGCGAGCAUGUGAAUAAAACAAAAGAAGAAAUAUUUAUCUGCCCAACAGGGACUGAAGAGAUUUCACUCAGUUUGCCCCAUCUUCCCUUAUUGGGUCGUUCUGCCUUUGACCAAGCGGCCUGGCAAGCAGUGGCAUUGGCCCUCUCGAUCGGACUUGGGACAAUUUUCGGAGUGAUCGGGGGCCUGGUUGGAUGUUUUCUGGAUAGGUUGGGAGGACAUGGGAUGCCAAGAGAAGCAUGGUAUGACUCUACCUGCUUCCUGGAGACAAGCGGGUUCAACCUCAGUCCUGUGCUAAGAUCUAACACUGAAGACGAAUAAAGAAUGCGGUUUAAGGCAAUCAGCCUUAAGUAUAGUAACAAAACAAUUACAUUUUUGGUAAUUAUUCUAUGUGAAUUAAAUUAAAUAUUGUAUUGCGAAAAAAAAUUUUAUUUUCAAGUAUGACUUUAUAAAGAGCCAGGAGUUUAAUAUAU